GUCAGCAUCUUGCCAGUUGAAGCCAGGUGGACCACAGGAGAAGUUUGGCUCAGCUGACUGCCUGAUUCAAAUUCUGAUGCAAAGGGCUUGAAAGAGAGGAGGCACAAACAGAAGAGGUUUUGUAAAAUAGUCUGCAGCUCCGGUUUAGCGCAGUAUUCAGUUAUGAUGACAAAGCAGGUCAGCGGGUCACCGUUUCUGAAGCCGUUCUUUCUGAAGACACCGGUCAGACGGGACGGCCCUCGGCAGCAGAGACGACACACACUUCCUGCCAGUGAGUUCAGAAACCUCACACCCCAGGAUGCCAUCAGCGUGUUGGAAAUUGAGAGAGAAGCCUUUGUGUCUGUGUCUGGAGAGUGUCCACUCACUCUGGAUGAGGUGCUUAAUUUCCUGGUUCUGUGUCCUGAGUUGUCCCUGGGCUGGUUCGAAGAGGGACAGCUGGUCGCUUUCAUCAUCGGCUCAGGCUGGGACAAGGACAGGCUUUCACAGGAGGCCAUGACUCGGCAUGUUCCAGACACCCCCGCUGUGCACAUCCACGUGCUGUCUGUGCAUCGCCACUGUCGACAGCAGGGCAAGGGCUCCAUCCUUCUGUGGCGCUACCUGCAGUACCUGCGCUGCGUGCCGGGUCUCCGUCGAGCCCUGCUGAUCUGCGAGGACUUUCUCGUGCCCUUCUAUCUCAAGGCUGGUUUCAAAGAAAAAGGGCCGUCAGAAAUCUCCGUGUCCAACUUGAAUUUCCAAGAGAUGGAGUACCUGCUUGGUGGGCAGGCAUACGCGCGGCGGAACAGCGGCUGUUAGCCUUUUCUUCAAUUAUUUGGACUCAGGACAGAAAAUAUGUAAAAAUAGAAGAAAAGAGCCAAUUGAAUCUGUUGGCUGGGUUCAGCAUCUCGUGUGAAUGGAAAGGACUAAAGGUGGAUUCAAAUCUUCAAUCAACAUGAAUUUGUCAUCUUUUGCAGUUAAAGUGGAUUAUCAGGCAUCGGCUCAUGUUGUCUUAUCAGUAGCACAACGCUUCAUGUUUACCUGACUGUUUAUAAUGUAAUUUGUGCAAAAGAGGUGCAGACACAAUCAAUCCAAAAAUCUGUUGUAAAUAUUUAUAAAAUGUUUUUUUAUCAGCUUGAAUCAGAAGCUGUGAUGAGUUUUAUUAUUUGGUGCUGUGGAGGAGCUACACAGAUCACUAAAAAUGGAAUAAAAUAUGAG